GCUAGCCCCAGAAGCCGGAGUAUGCUCCGAGAUCUGGCAUAGGAUGAUAUCAGGUCACCAGGAUAGCGACGAAUUAUCAGGAUACUCAAUCGCCCACGCAUCGGCAAGCGUGUAGCAUUACUCUGGAAACACCCUGGAGAAUUCCAGGUUACCUCUUAGGUCCAUAGCCUUUCCAUGGGCUCAUCGUGCAACUGCUGGAUCCGGAAUACCUGUAUGACGGCGCAGAAGGGCACUUGAGCGGGUGUGUGAUCCUCUCCAGCUGACUCUAGCCAAAGACACCACAAAGUGUUGCGUGAAGGGUCAAGGUGCGAAGGGCGACAUCCAGCCAGGUGCACAGGUGGUGUUCGAAUUAUCACAGGAUCGGCGCUAUGUGCCUCAGGUACUGCCUACCAGGCCCUACCUACAUGUACCUACACAGACGGGCCAGUUGGAAGGUGGCAGAGCCUCAAGAUCGUCGAUGGUUCACGCAGUGACGGCACUCGUGCAUUCUCUUUCAACAAGGAAUAGCCGUUUACAUCUCCAUGUAAUGGUCGAAUCGAGGAUUGCCAAAUACGAUCCAGACAUGGCACGACGGCACUCGGACGCACCGCGGUGGUCGCUCGAUGCUGCUGGCCAUCACAUGCUGCGUCGCACUAUUGCCAGUGCUAUUACCUAUGACUGGAGGGCAGAUCGGCAUUCGCAGUGGGAGGUAGGAGGUAGUAGGAGGUAGCAGGAGGUAGCAGUAGUAGUAUUAGUAGUUCGAAUGAAAAUUACAUGUACC